AUGGAGAGCUUACUCGUGUCUGAAUUGAACCUUGAGUCGCCUAUCGAUGAUUCUAAGUCUGACACGUCGAGGAAGGACGGCGAAUCUGAUACCUCUACCCUCGUCUACGGCCAAGAAGCUUUCGAAACCUUCAAAGACAAGGUUCCGAUCUUGGUACGGCAGGUGUUGAGCACAAGCGAUGACCAGGGAAUUGAGGUUGAGCGAACGAGAGGUGGUGGCUACAACAGAAUAACCGCUUUUCGCGUCAUACACAAAGCAACAGAUGAAAAUGCAGCACGAGAAGAGAAAUACAUACUUCGUGUGCCUCGUUGGGACGAGCGUCCAAUACUAGGGCAUGUUCUCUUGCUCGAAUUUCUGAAGAAGUGCUUCAAAAUACCUGUGCCUGACACCAUCGCCUACGACAUCACGGACAAAAACGUCAUUGAGAGUCCAUACAUGAUACAGCGCUUCAUAGAGGGCAGGUCUUUGCUCGAAGGCUACCUGGAACUGGGCUUCAAGCAGCGAUGUCAAGUUGCGAAACAACUUGGCGACGUAUAUGCUGCGCUGAGCAAGAUCAGGAGCCAACACAUAGGCAAACUUGGUCAUUUCGGUGAUGUGGAGUCGUACGAACCCAGUUCUCCGAACCAAUACGCGAUUCACGCGAUGGAGGACACAAGUACACCACAGUCCUGGCCAUACGAUGACAGCCUUCUCUUCCCGAAAACCUCAACGCUGCUGUCGACAAUUUUUGAGUACCGCAAUUCCGUCGCGGUCGCAGAAACGCCGAUCGACGACUUCCGAUCAGAAUACAAUACAGCUUUCAUGAAGGUUGCGGAAGAAAUGGAUCAGGCUGGACUGUUCAAGGAUGUUGCGCUUAGCCUUUGUCAUCUCGACUUUGAACCGCGCAACAUGCUACUCAUAGCAGAGAACGACAGUGCACACAUCUCAGCAAUACUUGACUGGGAUAGUGCCACCUUCGCACCAAUGUUCGUGGCAUGUAAGCCUCCAUCCUGGCUUUGGGCCUGGAAUAGUGAUGAUGACGAGGAUGAACUGCAAGCCAACGACGAGCCUGAGUCUCCGGAGAACCAAGAGAUCAAACGUAUUUUCGAGGAAGCUGCAGGACCUGAAUCUGCCCGUUUCGCGUACAAUCCCGCAUAUCGUCUGGCCAGGUCGCUGGUGAAACUUGGAUUCUUUGACCUCAGCUACAAUGAGGAUAUCAAAGAAGUUGAUGCCAUGCUGGAGGAGUGGACUAAGUUGAAGGUGUCAUAUUCGGUGACAGAGGAGACGGUGCCUGAGCAGAGUGCGCCCGCUGAUUCAUGA